AAUGCUACAGAAGAUAAGGUAGGUAGGUACCUACCCGAUAAACCGUAAACUUAGUACUUUAAUCUUAGAAGCUUGAUAAAGCACGUAGCGCAUUUGAAUUGAUAACAAAUUCGUAUGUAUAUUAUGUAAAUGUAGUUUUCCUCGCCCCACUGUCAAACUUACAUUAUAAUGAAACGCACAAGUUUCGAAUUUCCAUUCAUAUUUCAAGGCAGUCUUUCAUUGUGUUAACUAAAAUAAGAAUGCGCGUCAAACUUGCGUUAAUAAUUUGUUUAAUUAAUUAUGGGGACGCUUCACUAAAAAUCAACCCGAAUAUUGUCCUCAUCCUGGCCGAUGAUAUGGGAUGGAACGAUGUCAGCUAUCACGGGUCAAACCAAAUUCCCACGCCGAACAUCGACGCCUUGGCCUACAACGGGCUGAUCCUCGAACGCUUUUACGUCGCGCCACUUUGCACGCCAUCUCGUGCCGCCCUGCUAACGGGGCAGUACCCGAUCCGCUACGGCUUUCAGGGACUUCCAAUUCGAUCGGGAGAAGAUCGCCACUUGCCGCUCGAAUUGGAAACGCUCCCGCUUAAAUUGAAGCAAUUGGGGUACGGCACGGCGCUGAUAGGCAAGUGGCACUUGGGUUUCUCGCACAGAAACGCCACGCCAACGUACAGAGGGUUCGAUUAUCACGUGGGGUACUGGACGGGGCUGAUCAAUUACUUUGAUCACGUUAACUCCGAGGAGUACGCCGGAUUUGAUAUGCACGAGGAUCUCUACACCGCCUGGCACCUGCAGCACGAAUACGCAACGCAUUUAUUUACGCGAAAGGCCCAAGAGGUCAUUAGGAAGCACGACUAUGAGAGGCCUCUCUUCCUUAUGAUGUCCCACCUGGCAGCGCACGCGGGAAACCAAAAACUUCUGGAGGUGCCCGAUAUCGAUGACAACAACAGACGCUUCCACUACAUUGAAGAUGGCGCCAGGCGUUUGUACGCGGGCAUAGUUACCGAGCUUGAUACCUCAGUCGGAGUUGUAAUUCAAGCCUUGCGAGACAAAGGCGUUUUAAACAACACGAUAAUUGUCUUUCUAUCAGACAAUGGCGCGCAGAACAUCGGAGAGUAUGACAAUUCAGGAUCAAAUUGGCCGUUACGCGGGAUGAAAGCGACGGUGUUCGAAGGGGCCGUGAGAUCACCCGCCUUUUUCUACUACUCCAAACUACAGAAGAAGUCUUCGGUCAAUAGCCAACUGAUGCACAUUACCGAUCUAAUGCCUACGCUUUACGCGGCAGCAGGUGGAAACGUGGAGACUCUUGGGACAAUAGACGGAAUAAACCAAUGGGAUACGAUAACUAGAGGCGCCAGAUCCACCCGUUCAAGUGCGCUGUUAGACAUAGACGAGGUCGCCGAGUAUUCGAGCCUAAUCGGCUACAACGGACAUUACAAGCUCAUCAACGGUUCGGUUUUAGGGGAUUUCGCGACGGACGGGUACUUCGGCGGUGACGCCGGUAGAUCGGCGAAUCCGCCUUACGACGUCGACUCGAUUUUGUCGAGUCUAACGAAUAGGGCCAUCGACGGCGGAUUAACGAGAGAGAAGGUGGUGGAGUUACGCGGGAAACUUACGACUAAGUGCGCAGGCGUGGACUCGCGGGCGGUUCCUUGCGAUCCUGACCGCUUCUGCUUAUUUGAUGUCAUGAACGAUCCGUGUGAGACGGCUAAUUUGGCCAAAAAGUAUCCGCACAUGGUUCACAAGUUAAGUGAAGAAUUGUCGAAGUACUGGCGGAUUUUACAACCUCAAAGUCAGCAUUUAAGAGAUAAAAACGCUGAUCCUAGUCGUUUUAAUAAUAGUUGGUCGAUGUGGAUGGAGAAAUAAAUAGUUAUUGUUAUGCUUU